AUGGCCUCAACUUCAGCAGUCUCAAUGGCCCUGCCGCUGCCCCGUGCCGGCCACAAGAGCCUGCCGGCCGCCGACGCCUUCUUCAAGGGCAUGCCGCUCAGGCCUUCCAAGGCGGCCGCCCUUGUGUCAAAGCCCGCCGCAAGAUUUGAAGUGAAGGCUUCGUUGAAGGAGAAGGCCGUGGCUGGAUUGACCGCCGCCGCAUUGACCGCUUCCAUGGUUGUUCCCGACGUGGCUGAGGCGGCCAGCGGCGUCUCGCCCUCUCUCAAGAACUUCUUGCUCAGCAUCGCCGCCGGCGGUGUCGUUCUCACCGCCCUUCUUGGGGCGGUGAUCGGCGUCUCCAACUUCGACCCUGUCAAGCGGGGCUGAGACCGCCCUUGCUUUCUCUGUAUUUUCCCCUCUGUUUCUAUCGCAGAUGUAUCACUGUAUUACUUACUUCUUGAUAGAGUAAAACUGUUCCUCUUCAACUUCAA